AUGGUGAUGGUAGCUGCAUAUCUAUUCACGUCAUCCCGUAAUACAAUCUCGAAGUUCCCCAGUUCUCCGUUAGAACCAGUUUCCAUAACAUUUAAACCGAUUAUCAAACAACGCACUGCAGAGAUUGAGUAUAAACUUGCGCUGUCUGAUAAUCAAUUUAAAUGUUAUGAGAAACCGAUUCUAACGGAGAAUCGGGGAAGCUUCGAGAUUGUAUUACGGGAUGACGUGAAUAGAUAUGCAGUUACCAUCACCAUUGGGCGCAACGACAUCUAUGUAUAUGGGUUCGUAGCGGCGGAGGUCCUGGAAUUGGCGGGAAACGCAAACAAGGAUAUGAAGGUGAAGCGUAUCACGCCACGUCAUCUGCAGUUGGCUAUACGUGGUGAUGAGGAGCUCGAUACCCUUAUCAAAGGAACCAUAGCCGGUGGUGGAGUCAUACUACACAAGUCACUUAUCAACAAGUCCUCCAAGGAAUAA